AAAUACAGUCAAUGGGCUGCAUUUGGCACCCAGUCCGCACUUUGCCAAGGAAGACAUACAGUAUGUAGGUGAUUCCUUAGCUUUGUUUUCAGGAGUUAUGAAUCUGAAUGUUUCUAUCAUUUUAAUGUAUUAUGUUUUGUUCAUUAUUGCACGUUAUUCCAAAGCACUUCCCUAGUUGGUGGGAUCCUCACAGACCUUGGCAUUAAAACUGAUUCUCAUUCUGAUUCUAAUUCAGACAAUACGGUUUUCAGUAUUUCCUCGUCGCACAUUUUUUAUAUUGUUGUUGUCAUCUGUCAUAUAUUGAGAACAGAAAAGGUGAACCAUUGUAUGGAUUUGACCAAAAGUAAUGAUAACUACGGAGCCCUGGAAGGGACAUGCAUGUGUUUAUUUUUUUGGAUGUGACUUGCAUAUCUGAUGACUGCAGUUGAGUGAAAUGGUGUUAUUGUUUGCAAAGAAAAUCUAAUUUUGUCAAAAAUAAUUCACCGGUCACUUUUGACUUUUCCGCGGUUUUUUCAGUCUCGAAAAACUGACUUUAUUUUUUCAACUUGUUUUGUUUAUGUGUGCACGAACAUCUAUGUACAUGGGGGGUAUACAUCUUGUAAAGCGUAGUCUUUGGUUUUUGAAGAACGUUGAGAUAAACCAAUCAUGUGUCGAACGAUCAACUGCGCCUUCAUUCGAUUGGAUAAUUACCUUCCUGUUUGAAACGCCCACUAAAGAAUUCUUCUCAGUUCACGGUGGAUGUGGAUCACUGCAAGAAUGAGUGAAACUUGAUUUUAUCACCUUUAUUUUACUCAAACGGCGACUGCGAUCAGGGGACGACGAAACGGACAUGUGACGGCAGUAUUGUUCAUGUAGCUGGAUCAUUUUUCACGGUCGUUCCUGCUUGCUUCAAGUAGGAACCUGAAUGUUGUCGAACAACAUGGAGACAAAAAGAAUUGAGAUUCCAACCGACGUGCUCGACGACCUGUGCAGUCGGUUCAUCCUCCACAUUCCCAGUGAGGAGAGGGACAAUGCGAUUCGUGUGUGCUUCCAGAUUGAGUUGGCUCACUGGUUCUACCUGGACUUCUGCAUGCAGAACACCCCUGGAGCUCCACACUGUGGCAUCCGGGACUUUGCCAAAGCCGUUUUCCAUCACUGUCCAUUCCUGUUGCCUCAUGGAGAGGAUGUGCAGAAAGUUCUCGAGCAAUGGAAGGAGUACAAGAUGGGUGUGCCGACAUAUGGGGCUAUCAUUCUUGAUGAAUCACUGGAAAAUGUGUUGCUGGUUCAAGGCUACCUUGCCAAGUCAGGUUGGGGUUUUCCAAAAGGGAAAGUGAACGAGGAUGAGCCUCCUCAUGACUGUGCCGUCCGUGAGGUGUUGGAGGAGACGGGCUUCGACAUAAAAAACCGCAUCUGCAAAGAGCAGUACAUAGAACAGAAGAUCACCGACCAACUUGUGAGGCUUUAUAUAAUACCUGGAGUGUCAAAGGACACUAAGUUCUACCCCAAAACAAGAAAGGAGAUCAGAAACAUUGAGUGGUUCCCUAUUGACAAACUGCCGAGUCACAGAAAUGACAUGACUCCGAAGUCAAAACUUGGACUUGCUCCUAACAAGUUUUUUAUGGCCAUCCCAUUCAUCAGACCGCUUCGGGAGUGGAUCAACAGAUCAAAGGCAGAGUCCACAGACAGCGAUGAUGAGUUUUCCAACAGUGGACACACUCCAAACAAGCCUUCAGAGAACAAUAGGUCGAAAUCCAGACGUUCUCAAGGAAUCGAGGCUUUUUCAGUGGAUGUUUGGGCCAAAAACAAGCAGCAGAAGACAUCCGGCCAGCAUGAGUAUUUUCUGAGUCCAAACGGCAAAGUGAACGGGAAGAAAAGCCAGGACUCCUAUGUGAAAAAGGGAACCAGUGACAACCAGCAGCAGGCGAAAACCAUUUUAAAAGAAGACAAGAAGCUUCAACCCAGGAGACUGCAGGACAGCUUUGAUAAAGAUGCACACCGAAGCAACUCGGCUAACAGUCUUGAGACCGUCCUCCACAGAGACGGUGAACACCUGCUCUCUUCACGGGCCUUCCUCAAUUUUAAAUUUGACAGAGAUGCCAUCAUGAAAUGUUUCGACUUCUAACUAUUGAGACUCUAUGUUCCUCCUGCUACUCUUCAAGACGUUGAACCUGAAAGCCUGGACAAGAAUGUUUGUGAUGAUGAAAUUGUAUUUCUGCCUUGCUUGUGAUUUUCAGGAGCCUAUUUUUGGUGGUUGGUUGAAGUACAGAAACAUUUUUUAGAGAAUGACAUCAACAUGACUGAAACGUAAACCUUGAUUUUACAUGAAAGUAACAUAUGAACUGUUUGUAAUUACAUUUGUAUGCAGUUGCACUAAAUGACUAUUAGUUGAAGAAGGCACAGCAGUUGCAUUUUUUUGUUAAGAGUUUUCAUUGGACUGGUAAGUGGGAUCUAAACGUCAUAUCAUUACAAAUGUUAGUUGUUAUCGGCAUUCAAGGAUAAUCUGUUUCUCCACCAUCCACAUGAGACAUUUGAAUUUUUUUUCUGUUUUAUCGACAUUGUGGAACAUUUUACUGCACUGACUGAAGACCAAUAUUAUGUCACUGCAGUUCAACAUUUUUUAGUGAUACAUUUCUGUAGUGUUCACGUUUCAAGCAUUUUUUUUUUCACUCUUGCCCAUGUGCAGUUAUUACUGAGUUGGGGAAUGUUCAUCACUGUCUUUUUGUAUUCUUCAUGUGCUACUAAGCUUUGUUGUGACUUCGAAUUGAAUGUCCAUAAAGUAUUUUUGCCCAUU